AUCAACACUUCCAAGGCAUGGGUCAGACUUCCUCUUCUACACCCCCUCCAAAAGAGGAUCCUGAUUUGACCUCCAGCUUUGAUACAAAUCUGCAGAAUUUCGAGAUGAAAACCAAAAUCCUGUCUCAGGAAUUAAUCGCCUUCAUUGAAUCAUCCCUAGAGAAUGGAAACCUUCAGGAAACACUUUCUGCAAUCAGCAGUGCUCUGGGUGACAUAGAGAAAGCCCCACUGAACAUUGCAGUGAUGGGGGAGACUGGCGCUGGAAAGUCCAGUCUCAUCAAUGCUCUGCAGGGAGUGGGGGAUGAUGUAGGAGGUGCAGCUGCUUCCACAGGGGUGGUAUAUACAACCACUGAGAGAACACCAUACACUUACACAAAGUUUCCCAGUGUGACACUGUGGGACCUGCCUGGCAUUGGAUCUCCUGCCUUCCAACCACAUGAUUAUCUGAAGAAAAUCAAGUUUGAGGAGUAUGACUUCUUCAUUAUUGUCUCUUCUGGACGCUUUAAACAUAAUGAUGCAGAACUUGCCAAAGCCAUUGUGCAAAUGAAUAGGAGUUUCUAUUUUGUUCGAACCCACACAGAUCUUGAUCUAAUGGUUGUAAAACGGAGUAAUCCUAGGAGAUUCAAUAGAGAGAACACAUUAAAGCAGAUUCGAGAAACCAUUUCAAGUAUACUUAAGGAAGUUACCCACCAGGAGCCUCCAGUCUUCUUAGUCUCUAACUUUGAUGUGUCUGACUUUGACUUCCAAAAGCUGGAAUCCACCCUUCUGAGCGAGCUCCCAGCCUACAAACACCACAUGUUCAUGCUCACAUUGCCUACUGUUACAUAUUCCAUCAUAGACCGGAAGAGGGAUAUGCUGAAACAAAUGGUCUGGAGGGAAUCCACAAUGCCAAGAGCAUGGGCUACCAUACCAUUCUGGGGACUGACCCUAAAGCACAUGGAGAUGUUGCAACAGACUUUGAAUGACUAUAGAUCUUCUUUUGGCCUAGAUGAGGCAUCACUGGAAAACAUCGCUGAGAAUUUGAACUUGACACUGGAGGAUCUCAAGGCAAACAUUAAGUCUCCACAUUUGCUCUCAGAUGAGCCAGAUCCAUCCUUAACAGACAAACUAUUGAAGGACAUUGGAAAUCCUUACUUUUCAAAGGUUUUCCACUUGCAAAAUUAUUUCAUAGACACAGUUGCGAGUGAUGUUAAAAUUAUCCUCAGUAAAGAAGAGCUUUUGACCGACAAGCAUCCUCCACUGCUCACAGAUACAUGCCAGCCUUCCAGGGGCAGACCCUCUCCUUUAAUGGCUCAACUUUUAGUGUUCAGCUUUGAAUUUUUUUUUAAGAAUUUCAAGAAAGAGAGCAAAAUCCUCUCUGAAGAUACCAUCACUUUGAUUGAAUCCCAUCUGGAGGAUAAGAACCUUCAGGGGGCAUUGUCUGCAAUUAGUCAUGCUCUGAGCAACAUUGACAAAGCCCCACUAAACAUUGCUGUGACUGGAGAAACAGGGACAGGGAAAUCCAGCUUUAUCAAUGCCUUGAGGGGAGUGAGGGAUGAAGAAGAAGGUGCAGCCCCCACUGGGGUGGUAGAGACAACCAUGAAAAGAACUCCAUACCCACACCCAAAGCUUCCCAAUAUGACAAUAUGGGACCUGCCUGGCAUUGGGUCCACUAACUUCCCACCACAAAACUAUCUGACAGAAAUGAAGUUUGGUGAAUACGACUUCUUCAUUAUCAUCUCGGCUACACACUUCAAAUAUAUUGAUGCACAUCUGGCCAAAGCCAUUGCAAAGAUGGACACAAAGUUCUACUUUGUCCGAACCAAAAUAGAUCAAGAUGUCAGUAAUGAGCAGAGGAGUAAACCUAAGUCUUUCAAUAGAGACAGUGUCUUAAAGAAAAUUAGAGAUGACUGUUCAGAACAUCUUCAGAAGGCUCUCUCCAGUCAGCCUCCAGUCUUCCUAGUCUCUAACUUUGAUGUGUCUGACUUUGACUUCCCAAAGCUGGAGACCACCCUACUGAGGGAACUCCCAGCCCACAAGCGCCACCUCUUCAUGAUGUNCUUGCACAGUGUUACUGAGACUGCCAUUGACCGGAAGAGGGAUUUACUCAGACAGAAGAUCUGGCUGGAGGCCCUGAAGGCUGGAGCAUGGGCCACCAUUCCACUUGGGGGCUUCAUCAGAGAUGAAAUGCAGAAGUUGGAAGAGACUUUGAAUCUCUACAGGUCUUACUUUGGGCUGGAUGAAGCCUCACUGGAAAAUAUUGCCAAGGAUUUCAAUGUGUCUGUCAAUGAAAUUAAGGCACACCUUGGGUCUCUCCAGUUGUUAACAAAGAACAAAGACAUGUCCUUCAAAGAAAAACUGUUGAAAUAUAUUGAAUAUAUUUCCUGUGUUACUGGGGGACCACUUGCCUCNGGCCUUUACUUUAGGAAGACUUACUACUGGAAAAGUCUCUUCAUUGAUACUGUGGCAAGUGAUGCCAAGUCUCUCCUUAAUAAGGAAGAGUUUUUGUCAGAGAAGCGAGGACCGUGCCUUUCUGACCUCCCUGAAUAUUUGGAAACAGGAAUGGGGCUGUGAGGCACUAACCUACUUUUAGCAGCAAACAUUUUCUGGGGAGGAUUCAUUUCUUUCAGAGACAGAAUAUCACUGUGGCGUGUGGAAAAGAGCCAUCCACAUUAUCAGCACUGUCUUCCAUUAAACUAUCAUUAUGAGAAUAUAUGGUUGCAUACAUAUACAUAUGCAAUAUUUUAUCUAAUUAAACUGGGAUCUUUUGUCCCAAGAAGAUUCCCCAAGCAGUGCCACACUGUCCUAAGAUAAAGAUGUUAGUAGACUAUGUAACCAUUUGUGCUUUUCUGUAUCUGCAUCAGUUUGAGAAUAAUGACACAGAGGUUGUUUAUUCAUGCAUUAAUUUCUAUACCUUAGCUAAGCUCAUUCUCCAACUAGCUUAUUACUAAAUUAACCUCUUUAUCCGAUUCUGUCUAAGAUGUGGCUGGUUGGCUCUUCUCACACAACUUCCUCCACUAUGGGGUGGUGAUUCUCUACAGCCUCACUCUUUCCCAGAGUUCCUUUUCCUCUGCCAGUUGCCCCACCCAUUUUCUCCUCCCUUUGUGGACAGGCGAUGCUUUGACACCAUGCACAAGAGCUAAUUGACACAAUCCUCUCUUAAAUUUCUUUGGGGGUUUGGGAAGUACAGGGGGCAGGUUCCCAGCACUCAUCUCCACAUGGAGCAGUAUUGCCUUAGACAUUUUAUGCACACAGGAUAUGACAUGAUGGCCAUAGUCCAUGCUCUCUCCAGGAAGAACUGAGGAAUGCAUGGAUAAGGAAUCACACCUGGAGAUCUGUGCAGACACAGACAUUUUAUUCCACGACCUUCACCACUCAACUAGAUGAGUUUGAAAUUUGGAUUGUAGGCAUCAGGGGCACUAAAUAAACUGUCAUUUCUUGUGGUAUGGUAAAGGCUCAAUAACAUCUCAAAGUCACACCUCCUGCUUGACAAAAGGUGAUUAAUGUAAGAGCCUAUAUUCUCUCCCUCAACUUGCUUCUCCUUUCUCUUCCUCUUUCCUCUCUUCCUAUUCCUCUUGCUCUUCUUCUUCUUCCUCUUCAUUCUUCUCCCCUCUUCUAUUCUUACUUCUUCCCCUUGCUUCUGCAUUUCAUUUAUCCUCUCAGUUGUGAGAAUUGGCAAAUACAGUAUCUACAGGGCAGUCUUGCAGCCUGGAAAUCGUUGGAGAGUUGGUAUUACAGCUUCUGUUCAAACAGCAAAAAUUCUCACUUCUCUCUUUCCUAAGGAAUGGCAAGGGUUUUGCUGUCUGGGUUUUUUGUUUCUUUGUUUUUAUUUUUGUUUUUGUUUUUUGUUUGCUUGGAUUUUUUUUUCCUCUAAAGACUUCAACUGAUUAAAAAGGGGCAUUUACAGUAGAAGAGGUCAUCUGACAUAUUCAAAGCCUUCUGCUGCAGAGUCUCUUGUGCAAAGCCUGGGUGCAUCACCUAUUAAUAAAGUGCUGUUGGUCACUUUAUUGAGCAAAAGGCAGGAAGUAAUAAAGGAGAUUUUCAAUAGAAAGGGAUGGAAUUCUGGGAGACAGAGAGAGAGUGGGAGAUUUUUGACUGAACACUGAGGAAGACAAAUGCAUGAACCUGAGGAUAAGUAACUAGCCACAUGGCAGCACUUAGAACAGAAUAAGUGGGAAAACUAAGUUGUGAGCUGGUUGAGGAGCAAUCCCAAGCUUUUGCCUACGCAUUGAUUCAUAUACAGGAAGUCCCGGCAGUUAUUUCUAAAAAUAAAGAGGGCAGAUGGGAAAGCUUACAUUCUCAUUUGGCCCACUGAAUGUCUGACAAGAACUUUCUUGAAUAGCCACUCCCCACCUACCCACUGUGGUGCAACAAUUCCAGGCAGGGGCAGGUAACAGAGGAAGAAUUCCAGAGAGGUUGUUUGGAGGUAGCUCUUAUAAAAAGACCUGGCUGUGCAGAAAAAUCAGCUCUUCAACUGUAGCCUCAGUGCAUAAAGCUGAAGGGAUCCUGAUAUAGCGGUCUCUUGUGAGGCUAUGCCAGUGCCUGGAACA